AUUGCUUAACACAUGCAAUAAUUUUCCAAUAUGUGUUGCGACAGUUACUUUUCCUUACCUCAUCACCAAUAUUUUGGUGACAUUGCGAGAUUAGCACAAAAUUAUAGUGCUUAUAGUGAUGACAAUUUUACACGUGGAACCAUGGUUGAUCACCAGGAACAGUUUUUGCCCAAUGAACUUGACAAUGUCUAUUCUCCUUCCGGAAGUUGUGGCACCGAUGAAAAGUUUAGGAUUCGACCUAAUAGCAUCCUGGCUCAGGUGGGGGUACCGUGCCAGACCGACCAGGAUUUUGAUUACGGACAUUGCUACAGUUACUACGCUAAUGGAUGCUAUAAUGUAUGUCAAUUCGUUGAUGUUGGCGAUAUAGAGGAUUUUAUGAAUAAUGAGAAACGAAAGGAAAAAUCACGAGAUGCUGCUCGAUCACGCAGAUCCCGUGAAACCGAAAUUUUUACAGAUCUGGCAAAUGCUCUCCCACUCACCUCCGAACAGAUCUCACAGCUCGACAAAGCAUCCGUCAUGAGAUUGGCAAUCUCAUAUCUUAGAGUUAGAGACAUGGCAACAUUAGUUCCAGAAUUGGAUGCUGUAGACGUAAACAGCAAAGAUGCUGAUGGAUCAGUAUUCCUAAAAUCUCUGGAAGGUUUUCUGAUUGUAUUAUCACCUGAGGGUGAUUUCGUCUAUCUAUCUGAAAACGUCAGCGACUAUUUGGGCAUUUCUCAGAUUGAUUUAAUGGGACAAAAUAUAUUUGAAUAUAGUCAUCCUUGUGAUCACGACGAGAUCAGAGAAAUUUUAUCUGGAAAAUCACAGGAUGAUACAGAUUCGCCAAAGUCAAUGUUUAUUCGACUCAAAUGUACACUUACUAGUAAAGGAAGAUCUGUAAACCUCAAAUCAGCUACAUAUAAGGUUAUCCAUUGUACUGGCCACAUAGUUAAGUCAAGUGCAGAUAAGAAAGAAAAUACGGAAAAGGGAAGAAUGCAAAGUUGCUUUGUUGCCGUUGGUCAGCCAAUACCCCAUCCCUCAAACAUAGAAGCUCCCCUACCACGUCAAACAUUUUUGACUAAACACAGUUUAAAUAUGAAAUUCACACAUGCUGAUGAUGAAUUCAUGAAAAACAUCUUGGGUUAUGAACCUGACGACUUGCUGGGAAAGUCCGUAUAUGAAUAUCAUCACGCAAUGGAUAGCGAUUCCAUUUGUUCAGCCUACAAAUGUUUGUUUGCCAAGGGCCAAUGCGAAACCAACCGCUACCGCUUCCUGGCCAAAACCGGUGGGUACGUUUGGGUGGUUACACAGGCAACAUUGAUUUACGAUAAGAUGCAGAAGCCCCAGAGUGUCGUUUGCGUCAAUUACGUCAUCAGUGGUGUGGAAUGCAAAGAUGAAAUUUAUUCGGCAUCUCAAUUUUCGUCAGUAAAAUCUGAGACUCCGAAUAACAACAAUUCGAAACCCGUUCCCGAAAUCGUUUUGUCGGUAGUGGAUGAUAAUAGUAAAGUGUUAGAAACCGGCCGCAAACCAGUUAGUUCAACUGCUAAAUUGUUCGCAAACAUUGAAAUCGAUAAAGAGCCUGAAAACACAGUUCGCCCUCACACAGCCACCACCAAGAUAUUUGGUCCAAGGACUAAGGAUAUGAAUAAAGGCUUCUUAACUUUUUCGGAAGAGGAACCUGGUCUUACAAUGCUUAAGGACGAACCGGAUGAUUUAACCCACUUGGCCCCAGUAGCUGGAGAUGUUUGCGUCCCAUUGGACGAACACCCAUUCCUCUCUGACGUGUUUGAGGAUUUCUUGCUUAAAGAUAAUUUCGGACCGUUGCUGUCCGAAGAACCGUCGGAUCCGUUUAUCUCCUACAGAGAUUUCCACGAUCCGUCUCCUCAAUUACUUUCCCCCAACUUAUCAAAGAACUCAGACUGCAGUUUACCAUCUUUGAAUAGCCCGAGUGAUUCCCUAAUAGACGAGGAUCAAAUGUCGACAUUCAUGAACUUACAUAUGGAUGAUGAACCAGACCUCACAAUGAAAGCCCCUUUCAUCCCUAUGACCGAUGACUUACCUUUAUUAAUGUCAAAUGACCUAAUGUGGAGCAAUAAUGAAAAGCACAAAAAUCAGUUACCAGACAACAAUUCAAGUUUAGCACAGUUAUUGUCGACAUCACUGAAUAAGCACAAUUUAAAAGCAAAUGAUCAUGGCGGUGGGAUGAUAAGAGAGAAAAAUAUGGAGGAAAUAUAUAAUGAAAAAAGUACUAGAAAGAAAAAAAUAAUCCUUUCUUUUACUAAUGUAACUUCAUUUUCAGAUACAUACAAAAAUUGGAGUACAAACAAUAACAAUAAAAAUAACUCCCAUUUAAAUAAAAUAGAACGUUCCCCAAGUGUUAAAAGGUCCAGUACAGCUCUAUACGACCAGUCAAAUAAGAAACCGAAAAGUGAACCAAAAGAAAAACUAUCCUCGGAACUGCUACAGCAGUUAAUGUCGAAUAAUCACAAUAGGGGCCGUAUGAAAGGCAAAAGCAAUUGGUUGCUAGACAAUAGCCGUCAAAAAGCAGCUUGUAUAUCUCAACCCAGCGACAGUGUUUUAAUGAACCUAUUGGAUGAUCCAAUGGAUGAAGAAUUAGCUCCAAACAUUCGACUAGACCUGGAUAUCAAUCAAAAGAAAAUUCAACAUGCUCUGCUGAAAGAUAAAAUUGCCAGAAGAAAUCUGAUUCGAAAAAAUUCUAUUUCCCUGCUUGAUCCUGAGGCAACAUCAAUACCUUCAUUAUUAGACCUUACGCAGCAGGAUUUCGAAGUAAACGCACCAGUGGGUAAUUUUCUUCUACAAGGCGAAGAGCUGCUUACAGCUCUUGAUGCGAACUCCCCCAUUUAGCUAGAAGAGAAAUGUUUAGGAGCAGUCGUUGGAGAGUUUGAAAUACCAUUAUACGUUGUAAACGGAGAAAAUGUUACGAUACAAUAUGUAAAAGUUAAUUUAAAUGGUGACUAACAACAUAAUUUAAAAUAUGAUAAAAGACAUACGGACUGAAAUGAGGGGUCUUAGAAGUUAGCAUUGUUAAGGGAAGAAGACAAUGGUAUUUGUCGAUAGAAGUCUAUUUUAAUAAUGCUCAUUUAUACCAAAUAUAAAAUUUCAUGUAAUUAGUCCCAGUAGUUUAACCAAUAUAAUAUUUCUUGUUAUCCUGCUUUCAUUCUCUCCUCAUCAAAAGAAAAUCUAAAAAGUUUAACAGUUUUUUUCGUUCAUAUUUUAGUUUUAUUUUAAUCGAUACUUAUAUAGAUUAGUUACAUGAAAUGUCAAAAAUGCAAUAAAAUUGUAAAUAUUUGUAUGUACAUUUUUAUAUUUUUGCAAAGCAAAGCUCUAUAUAUAUCCUACAUUACAUAAAAUACAAAAUAUAAAUGGUAGUUGUAAUCUUAAUUAUGAAAUUAUCUCGGUUAUUUCCAACAACAGCAAAGUACUGGCAGAAAUUAUUUUAUUGUCUUAACAUCAUUUAGAGACAUUAAGAUCAUAUUUAUGUGCACAUUUUUCAUUUUGAUAAUAUCAAGCAUAUUAAAAUUUGUAUCAUUUUAAAAACAUAAAAUUCAGUUGGUUUUGCUAUUACCAGUUUGAUUUACAAAAAUGCCACCAUAGAGUACAAAUUUCUCAUACUUUAUUCUUAAAUUAAAAAUGGCAAGUUAUAAGUGUAUUGUAAAAAAAGAGUCUACCGAAAUACAAAAUAGUACAAAUAACAAUAAUAUUAUAUUGGUUAAUUUAACCAAUACUAUACGAUCUCAGUUAUAGAAAUUAUGAAAUAUUUGUUUUAACCUGUACAAAUCUGCUGGAUAUGCGCUGAAUUAAUCUUAUGCCAUGUAAAUCUGCUUAAUUAUGUAUAAUUAUUUAUAUUCUCGUAAACCUUUCCUUUGUCUGUUGUAAAUGGGACCAUAAUUGCACAUUAUCAUGAUCAUGAAUAUAAAAUUUCUAGAUGUAAUCACUUUUUUUCACAUAAAUAUUUAGUUAUAUUUUAAAUAUUUUAUGUGGAUACAAUUUUGGAAUUCUUGUGCAAACAUUAUAUAUGGUAAUUUUUUGUUUCUUUUUAUUUUUGCAAAAAAAUCAUAUUUAAUCCUCAUGGCAAUUCGGACUUUUAGAAUUGCAGAAUUCUUGAAAUAUUUAUUAUGCUGGAAAAUACAUACCAAAGAUUAACUUACUAUUUACUGGAAGUUGCAGUGUCUGUUUUGUUAACAUUGAGUGGAUUUGUAACUGAGAUUGGUUGUACAUAGAUUUGUAGGUUUUAGUAUAUCAUAUUUCAUUUAUUUCAUUGUUAAUUCCUCAUUUCCUUUUAAAUUAUAUUGUUAAUUUCACAAAGGAUGAUGCCAUGUGGAGUCAUUUUCAAGCUCUCUCUUUCUGCUGAAUAUAGUGAUAAUGGUUUAUAUCAUACGUAUGUGACCAUUUAUUUGUUCUAAUUGGAGAAAUAUAUUUUAUCAUUACUAAUAUAGACCUAAUAUGUUUUUGUUACAGAAAUUUAUAUAACUGCCAUAUUUAAAGUGUAUUUUAAAAAUUUUUAGAUAGCAUUUUUUUUUCAAAAUAUAUAAAUAUCUAGGAUGUAAGAUAGUUGAUAGGAUUUGUUGAGUAAAUGCCUAUAUAACUAUUUUAGAUUGGUUGAAGAUGCAAUAUUUUAAAUCAACUAUGUUUUUAUUAAGGUUUAUUUUUUAGGCCCAAAUGUCAAUUCCCACAUUUUAAAAUGUAUGUGUUAAGUUUACAAUGAAGUGUAAUGUAAAACUACUAUAUAUUUUAUAUUUACAAAAUGGUGAUGCACAAGUGUUAUAUUUUUCAAUAUACAUACCAUAGUGACUUCCUUGAAAUGUAAUAUGCAUUUAUUAAGGUAACAAUAUAAUUUUUCUAGUAGUUUUAUAAUCAUAUACUAUAUAUGUAAUUGCUAAAUAAAUAUAAGAUAUAUUUAAGGUGUAAAUUCAAUCGAGAUAACUUUUUAAACUGUAAUUGGGAAUUUGGGCGGGUAUAUAAUAAAUUAUAUUAAAAUGGG